CCUCGCCCUAGGUCUCCUCAAAUAAAUAUUUGAUAAAGAAAUAGGUUGGGGACCCCGGAAGGAUGUUCUUGGCCGCCACCCCAAUUGCCAUGGAGACGUGGCAUCUGUUGCCUUGGCAACUGGGGAAGCCCCUUGGACCGGCCUAAAGCCGGCCCCGCCUGGGAGUCCGCGAUACCGGGCUGCGUCAAGACGACUGACGUCACAGACCUGGGCACGCCUCACUUUAACCCUUUCCUAAAUGAGCUGGGGGUGGGGGAAGAGUAGAUGAGGAGGCUAAGACCCGGAUGUCUUUCACCACUACCCACUCUUGACAUUCUGUACAUUUAGUAGGGUGAGGGGCGCUGAGAAGUAGAAGACAGCUUAUUCAGGAUGCGCUGUGCCCAAGAGCCUCUUCGGCCUGGCCUCCUAUGGGCCGGGUUCUGGGGGAGUGGGGCAUAGGGCCGGAGGGGCGGGGCUAGCAGAGCCGUUCGGCUCUCGGGAGUCCUGCUGAUCCUAGGCCACCCACACCCCCGCCGCCUGUUGUCUUGACGACAGGGCCUGCAGGAGGUGGGUCUCCCAGGUCUUGGCUGGUCAUGGAUACCGUUGCUAGGCCAAUUCUCCUCCUGUGAUUGUCAACACAGACACCCUAGAAGCUCCAGGAUAUGAGUUACAGCAUCGCAGGUGGAACUGACAACCCGCACAUUGGUGACGACCCAUCUAUUUUCAUCACCAAGAUCAUUCCUGGUGGGGCUGCAGCCCAGGAUGGCCGCCUCAGGGUCAACGAUAGCAUCCUUUUUGUAAAUGAAGUGGAUGUGCGGGAGGUGACCCAUUCAGCUGCAGUGGAGGCCCUCAAAGAGGCAGGCUCCAUCGUGCGCCUCUAUGUCAUGCGCCGAAAGCCCCCAGCUGAGAAGGUCAUGGAGAUCAAGCUCAUCAAGGGGCCUAAAGGUCUUGGCUUCAGCAUCGCAGGGGGUGUAGGAAACCAGCAUAUCCCAGGAGAUAAUAGCAUCUAUGUAACGAAGAUCAUUGAAGGGGGUGCCGCCCACAAGGAUGGGAGGUUGCAGAUUGGAGACAAGAUCCUAGCGGUCAACAGCGUGGGGCUGGAGGACGUCAUGCAUGAGGAUGCUGUGGCAGCCUUGAAGAACACGUAUGAUGUUGUCUACCUAAAGGUGGCCAAGCCCAGCAAUGCCUACCUGAGUGACAGCUAUGCUCCCCCUGACAUCACAACCUCAUAUUCCCAGCACCUGGACAACGAGAUCAGUCACAGCAGCUACCUUGGCACUGAUUACCCCACAGCCAUGACCCCCACUUCCCCUCGGCGAUACUCCCCAGUGGCCAAGGAUCUGCUGGGGGAGGAAGACAUUCCCCGAGAACCGAGGCGAAUUGUGAUCCACCGGGGCUCCACGGGCCUAGGCUUCAACAUUGUGGGUGGCGAGGAUGGUGAAGGCAUCUUCAUCUCCUUCAUUCUGGCUGGGGGCCCUGCGGACCUCAGUGGGGAGCUGCGGAAAGGGGACCAGAUCUUGUCGGUCAAUGGUGUUGACCUCCGUAAUGCCAGCCAUGAGCAGGCUGCCAUUGCCCUGAAGAAUGCGGGUCAGACGGUCACCAUCAUCGCUCAGUAUAAACCAGAAGAGUACAGCCGAUUCGAGGCGAAGAUCCAUGAUCUUCGGGAACAGCUUAUGAAUAGCAGCCUGGGCUCAGGGACUGCCUCCCUGCGGAGCAACCCCAAAAGGGGUUUCUACAUCAGGGCCCUGUUUGAUUACGACAAGACGAAGGACUGCGGCUUCCUGAGUCAGGCCCUGAGCUUCCGCUUUGGGGACGUGCUGCAUGUAAUUGAUGCUAGUGACGAGGAGUGGUGGCAGGCACGGCGGGUCCACUCUGACAGUGAGACGGAUGACAUUGGCUUCAUCCCCAGCAAACGGCGGGUUGAGCGGCGGGAAUGGUCAAGGUUAAAGGCCAAGGACUGGGGCUCCAGCUCUGGAUCACAGGGUCGAGAAGACUCGGUUCUGAGCUAUGAGACAGUGACACAGAUGGAAGUGCACUAUGCUCGCCCCAUCAUCAUCCUUGGGCCCACCAAGGACCGCGCCAAUGACGAUCUUCUCUCUGAGUUCCCUGACAAGUUUGGAUCCUGUGUUCCCCAUACGACACGGCCCAAGCGGGAAUAUGAGAUAGAUGGUCGGGAUUACCACUUUGUGUCCUCCCGGGAGAAAAUGGAGAAGGACAUUCAGGCGCACAAGUUCAUCGAGGCUGGCCAGUACAACAGCCAUCUCUACGGGACCAGUGUCCAGUCCGUGCGAGAGGUGGCAGAGCAGGGGAAGCACUGCAUCCUCGAUGUCUCAGCCAAUGCCGUGCGGCGGCUGCAGGCGGCCCACCUGCACCCUAUCGCCAUCUUCAUCCGUCCCCGAUCCCUGGAGAAUGUGCUAGAGAUUAAUAAGCGGAUCACAGAGGAGCAAGCCCGCAAAGCCUUUGACAGAGCCACUAAGCUGGAGCAGGAGUUCACGGAGUGCUUCUCAGCCAUCGUGGAGGGCGACAGCUUUGAAGAGAUCUACCACAAGGUGAAGCGUGUCAUCGAGGACCUCUCAGGCCCCUACAUCUGGGUCCCAGCCCGAGAGAGACUCUGACUCCCACCCUGAUGUGGCCUGGACUCGCCCUGCCUCUGUCACCCGGGCCCUCGGUCUGGACUGAAUCGCCCAAGUCCUUCGAGCCCCAGCCUCCCUCCCACCCCUUCUUAUUUAUUUCCUUUCUAACUGGAUCUAGCCCAUUGGAGGGGGGACACUCCUCUGCAUGUAUCCCCGUACCCCAGAACUGGGCUUCUGAGCCCCAGGAACCUGGGGUCGGGGUGGGGGGAGCCAGGCUCCUGGUUCCAAGCCCUCGCUCCUUAGAACCCUGCCCCUGCUGCCCCCAAUGCACACACAGACCCACUGGGGGCCACCCGCCCUCCCCAUCUUUUCCCACACACAUUCCAGAAGUCAGGGCCCCUCUCAAGGAGCACCCGCUGUAGGGAUGCAGGGCCACAGGCCUCCGUGCUCUCCUGAGGCAGGGUCUGGGGUCGCCCCUGCCCCCAUCAUAAUUCCCCACAUCCCUUGAUUUCUCAUUUUUUUUUUCCAUUUUUUUUCUUAAAGGUGGUUUUUGGGGGGAGAAGUAGGGGGACUCCACUGUGGGUCCCUUGCCUUCCAAAUGCCCCCCACCUUUUUUCUUCGCCGGUUUGCAUGAGUGGAAGGUCUAACUGUGGCUUUUAUUUUUUUCCUGGGAAUUUUUUUGGGGGGAAAGGGGAGGGAUGGGU